AUGGUCACAAUUCUUGAGCCUCGAAAGGAAGAGCGUUAUGCAACGAUUGCAGACGCUAUUGCCGUCAUUGAGACAUUUGCAGAGAAAAUACAACAACGUCAUGUAUCUAUACAGCAUGUAAACUCCAGUACUAAAACGUCAUUGCUUGGUCUUUCGUCCAUGAACGUUAUGGAAGAUGAUAAAGCCACAUCUGGUUUAAUUCGUAGUCCAGUGGUUACGACGACGUCUUUGAAAUGUACAACAAAUAAUGCGGUGAUUGUAUGUGAAAAUGCACCCUUUUGUAAGUGGUUUGUACGUCUAUUAUUUGUCAAGGGUGAAAAGAAGUGGAAGAUCUCUAGUAUGAACAUGGAACAUCAUAAGACUCAUUGUCUAGUAAAGAAGAGAGAAGAUGCAGCAAUGACUGAUACUGUGAUUGGAUUGACAACGUCCAUGACGACGGAUCAAUUGAUGAUGAAUGCCAAUCCAACAGCGACGUUGGAGGCAACGAAUGGAGGCGAAAUAGCUGCGGCUACCAUGGGCGCAUCAGUCUAUGUGGGUAUGGUGUUUCUAGACUGGAAAGAAGCGAUUGGAGCUAUUCGUGCUCUAUCAAAUCAGAUGGGACGUCGAGCGAUGGCGGAGAAGGCAGUUUUAAUGCCAUGGCGGGGAAAGAGUGUCAUGGUACGUCGAGUGGUAUGUCAAAAUCACCGCAACUCCAAUUGUGGAUGGAUGGUGGUGUUGGAUGAGUCUGCUGAUGGAUCGUGUCGAUACACAGUGCUAUCAAUGACUUUGCUACACUCUAAGGAAUGUUUGGAAACGUGCAAUUUUAGUGCACGCAAGAAACUGACACCCGCGCCGACAGUGGCGAAAGCAAAAGCUGGCCAUUCACAGGAAGUGUCAGGACUUCCGGUUGGAGGCUCGUUACUGGUUGACGAUUUUUCUAAAUACCAAUUGACACAUGAAAUGCGUUGGACCACUGGAAAGGAAGCCACUAAAGCAAUAAGUGACUUUGCACUAGUAAUGCAGCGCAAGCGCUCGAAGCUAUGCAAGCGCAACAACGGUGGUAGCAACAAAAAGUAUGUAUGCUCGGACGAGCAAUGUCUUUGGUUUGUACAGCUUGUCAAAGGAUGGAAAUCAAAAAACUGGAAGAUAUCUGCUAUGAACCUGAAACACUCGGGUACGUGCACGGGAGUACCAAAGCCUACUGCACGGCAGCUGGCCGAGAUGCGUUUUUUCCGACAGGCAGUGAUCACACACUCAAAGUCAUCCGGCAAGCUACUGACCGACAACUUCUUAAUGCACUCUGAAUCGGGCAUCCAUAUUCCUCGUGGCAUGGCGUACCGCGCCCAACGACUUGUGGUUGCUACAUCUACAGAUGACCUCACUGAGAGCUACAAGUAUAUUCCAAGCUUGAUUGAGUCCUUUGCUAAGAAAAACCCUGGAUCGAUUGCUAACUUUCAAAAGGACGCACAGGGACAUUUUAUUCGGGCAUUUGUUAUGCCGAACGCGUCGACGGCAGUAUUGGCAGACCAGCAGCAGAUUUCUGGCAUUCACGUGCUGCACUAUGAUACAAUGAGUUACCAAGGUUGUAUGGCAUUGCUCAUCAUGCGCGAUGGCAAUUUUAGAUAUCAGGCACUGGCGUUCGCAUUGCUGCCGACAAGUGAUAUGGAUCAUAUGAAGUGGUUUCUCAUGCUAGCCCAGCGUGGUGGUGCUCGCUUCGAUGGAAAUCUUGUGCUUUGUUCGCACAGUGAACAUGGCCUCCUUCGCGCUUUGGCUCAUGAUGCACCCCAUGCAAAGAUAAUGUUUUGUGUUCGCAGUUUGCUGGAGGAAAUGGCUUGUGACAAGAACAUUCCUGCACUUGGGCCGCUAGAAGAGAAGGUAUGGGAGUUGCAGCGACAGGAAAGUGAGGAGGCUUUUUUCAAUAUUCUUGGUGGUCUUGAAGCGCUCAACAGUGCUGCAGCGGCAUUUUUGCGGGCAAUCCACCCCAAAAAUUGGGCAUUCUAUCCUAAUCGGUCAAUCAGGCUCUACCGCUGGGCGAGUACAGGUGCUGAUGAGGCGGUACUCGGUUCUGAAAUUCAACGCAGCGACGAGGCCCCUUUCGACCUCAUGUACACGUUCUUGGCCUUCCUCAUGGAUGGCAAUUUCAAGAAAAGCCAAGUGGCUGCAAAGCUUUUGACAACAGAAGGUCACUCGUCGUCAUUACUUACACCAGGUGCUGACACAUUAUAUCGACAGGAAAUGCAAGCUGCCGCUAGAUACGCCGUGCGUAGGUGUGACGAGCAAGUUGCAUUCGCGUGGCUAAUGGGUGCACGUCCAAAAAUUACUUACAGAAUAGAUCUAGCACUGCGUACCUGCACAUGCGGGCAGAUGUUCCAGCUAGGCUUGCCAUGCUGCCACUUUAUCGCAGCAUCAAUGCAUUUUGGUAAAGAGGCGGUACUGCUGGAUAGCUUUGACCCAAUUUAUAAAGCAACUACCUAUGCGGAAAUACACCGGAAUCUGCGGAUCGAGAUUCCUGUUGCUGGAGACCUAUACAAAGAUCACUCAUUGCUUCCAGCCAUCUCUGUACGCAGUACAAGGUCAAAAAAAACGCUCUCGCAGUGCUGGAAACAGCACUAG